UGUGUGUGUGUGCGUGCGUGCGUGUGCGCGCGCGCGCGUGUGUAUGCAUGUAUUUUGCUCAGUGCACCAGGAGUCCAAGGUAACGCGGUUCAAUGAUGAGUUUACCAGACUUCAUGUGACAAUAUGCAUGCAUUUUCCGAGAUAACAAUUCUCGUAAAAUUGAUACAUGUAAGGUAGAUGUUAUGACUCUGGAUAAUGUCUGUUGAUUAUGUAUUCAUCGUGCUGAUCGAUAUGUCGCUAUACUAUAAGUUCUACAUCCACACGCCAGGACAAGUGGUGGCGCUCUGCCGCAUUUCCUUUUAGCAGGAAUAAGAAGAAGAAGAAGAUGUUUGGCUAGCUGGUUCGCUAGAACUAGCCUUCUACUCCUACUGUUUGUUAUUUUAAUAUUAUUAAUGCAUUUCUUGAGUUAGCGAUAUUCAUGCCUGCUAUAUAUUCCUUAAUACAGCCACGGUUGAUUCUGCUUAGCUAGUAGGCUAGCUAGCGCUGCCCAUGCCUGCCGCUGUUUAUUCAAACUGGUUCAAUGGCUAUCAGAGCAUGGAAUCCUAGAAAACAUGCCCUGGAUGCAGGAGACGCAUGUCCUGUUGUGUCCAAAGUAUUGAAGAAGGAUGGAAUGCAAUGUGUCUCUGUCGGCUUUGACGACGCAGACCUAAGUGAAGAUGACUCUGUUGCGCUGAGUGUGCCUCUGAGCUGUUGUGAUGACAGCGAAUGCAGCGACCAUGAAUUCAUCCAACUGGACAUCGACCUGGAGAGGAAAUCCAAACGGCAUAACCUGACCUCCUGCAAUGUCCGCGCCAUCCUCCAUGAGGUGGUGACCAAUGAACAUGUAGUAGCCAUGAUGAAGGCUGCCAUUCAGGACACCCAGGACCUCCCCCUGUUUGAACCUAAGAUGACCCGUUCGCGUCUAAAACUUGUGGUGGCACAGGGAGAGUCAGCCCCAAACUGGAAGAGUUCACCAGGAAAGAGAGACAAGCCUCCUCAGUUUGUGGACAUCAUCCUCGAAGAUGAGGAGGACUCCUCAGACGAGGAGUAUUGUCCGGAUGAAGACGAGGAAGAGGAGGAGACGGCGGAGGAGACAUUUCUGAGUGAUGCAGACAGCAUGGGGUCUUCACCCCGAGUGAGUCGAACUCCACGGCAGCAGGAGACCACCGAGAGGGCCGUGGGCCAAUCACAGGUGUCCAGGUGCUCCAAACACCCAAGGCUGUCUGCCGGCUCCUGCGGUUCCCAGCUCCACAUCCCAGACUGUUCCUUCCUGGAGCGACUGGACGCCGUUGAAGAGGAGCUGGCGUUGAACACUUCCUGCCACUCUUACCAAUCUCUGAACGAAGAGGUGGAGGAAGGUGACGAAGGGGAUGGAGAUGGUGCCGGCGGGGCCGGUGCCGGCGGGGCCGGCGGCGAUGACGAUGCCAUCGGGCUCGUGGCGUUCCGCACCCGCUCCAAGCGCCCCCUCCGAGACGUCCCUUUGGGUCAGCUGGAGGCGGAGCUACUGGCUCCGGACAUCACCCCUGACAUGUACACCCCUGGCCCGCCUCUCUACAAGGAGGACCGACACUGGAGCCACUGGCUCCAGGGCCUGAUGGCCUCCGACAAUGAAGAAGAGGCAGACGAUGAAGAUGACCCAGAGUACAACUUCUUGGCGGACUUGCGUGAGCCGGACCAGGAGGACUACAGGACGGACCGUGCUGUUCGAAUCACCAAAAAGGAGGUGAAUGAGCUUCUGGAGGAGCUGUUUGACACGUUCAAAGAAGAGCUGGUUGUGGAGGAAGCCCCGUCACAGACGGUGGCUAAAUUCAAUGUCCCGCAGGCGCUACGGUUUGAGGCGCCACUAGCCAACAUGCUAACAGAGUGCCGCCGGGCUGUGAGAGAGCAGUUUGACGCCCAGCAGCAGCGGAGGGCCGUGCAGGUCACGUCCAGCCGCUGCCCGGGUACCCCCACUGUGACCCGCAACCCUGGCACCCCCAACACGGCCCGCAACCCUGGUACCCCCACCGUGGGCCGCUGCAAUGCCACCCCCACCGCCCCACCACUGCUGGUGCUGCAGCCUCAACUCCGCCCCGCGCGCUUCUUGAACCACGUCCAGAAAGGCCAUCUGCAGCAGCAGGUCCAGCAGCAUGUGCAGCUGCUGACUCAGGUCCACCUCCUGAGCCGAUGUGUUAAAGCUCUUCACAAUGAGAGCUCCAUCACCAAAACAUACCUGGAGGAGCUGCAGCAGUUCUCCGGCCGCGCUGAGGCCACGGGCCGCGCUGAGGCCACGGGCCGCAGGAGCAGCUUCAGAGCGUCCAACCUGGAGGAGGCGCUGCUGCUGCUCCAGGAGGUGGAGGAGAAGGAGAAGGAGAAGACCCCCGUCAGCCCGCGGCCGUCGGCCCCUACAGCCGGACGCUGGCUCCCCGAAAUGAGCUCUAGCAUCAACAGUCACGUGUACCCCUACAUCCCAGCAGACAUGGCCUGGCUGAUGGCCACCAGGAGGCUGUUCCUCCACCCAGAGCUGCUCCCCAUCUGCAGCAUGGACCCCCAGCUCCACUCCCCCCGAACCAGGACCCUGUACACCCCCGCCGAGGACUGCCUGAUAGCCCUGGGGCUGAGGAACUUCUCCGGGACGCUGGACCUCCAUCAGAUGCUCAGCUCCUACCUGGUGCUGAAGAAACCCUGGAAGCUGCGCAGGAGAGUCUGGGAGAUGAGCGGCGCCAAGUCCCCGGCCAACAACCCAAUCAAGGUGUUCCGUGAGGGCGGAGGGCUCCCGGCCAUGCCCUCGGCCUGCAGCCCCACUGAGCCCGGAGAGCAGCGCCCCCCGGUGCACCGGGAGACCUCCUGCAUGCCCGAGUGGCUCAAGAAGAGUCAGCCAGUCAUCCAGAAAGCCGUGCUGAGCUCCGGCCAGGCUUCCUGCCCCUCCUGGCUGCCAAGGGACACCCAGCUGAGGCUGCAUCCGUCCCGCCCCCCCACAGUGACCAAGCAGCACCCCAACUCUCCCCCCCGCCGCCUCAAACCCAAAAGACCCUUUUCUUUGGCUCGCAGCUCUCGCCUGCCACCUCUCAUCAUGGCAAACAGCCAAUCAGUCGGCCAGCAGCCAAGCUCGGCUGCUUCAACAGCCUCCGUACCGGACAUAAGGCCCAGUACUGUAGAGGACACGGCCCCCUCUCUACAGGACAUAAGACCCAGUACUGUAGAGGACACCGCUCCCUCUCUACAGGACAUAAGACCCAGUACUGUAGAGGACACUGCCCCCUCUCUACAGGACAUAAGACCCAGUACUGUAGAGGACACUGCCCCCUCUCUACAGGACAUACGACCCAGUACUGUAGUCACAACCCCGUCUCUACAGGACAUAAGACCCAGUACUGUAGAGGACACUGCCCCCUUUCUACAGGACAUAAGACCCAGUACUGUAGUCACAACCCCGUCUCUACAGGACAUAAGACCCAGUACUGUAGUCCAACAGGACACGGCCACUUCUGUAGCUCAUAUUGCGCCUCGUACUGUCACUGUAUCCAAUGUGCUUCAAGGAGGGGGUCUCCUCCCCAUCCGGGCCACACUGCACUGUGCCUCAACAUCCACAGGCUGUGGAGGAGUGGGAGGAGUGGGAGGAGGAGGAGUGGGAGGAGUGGGAGGAGUGGGAGGAGUGGGAGGAGGAGGAGUGGGAGGAGUGGGAGGAGUGGGAGGAGGAGAUGAGGUGCAUAUUGAAGGAGCAGGGAAAGAACACGGCGUGGGAGAGGAAGAACAUGGAGGAGGAGGUGGAGGAGGGGAGGAGGCUAAUGAAGGAGGGGGAGAGGAGGACGGCGGGGGAGGGGGACAGGAAGAGGGGCACGCAGGAGGGGGAGAGGAGGGCCAUGAAGGAGCGGGCGAAGAGGGGAACGGAGGAGGAGGAGCGGAGGAACACAGGGAGGAAACGGGAGGCGGGGACGACGGGCAGAGCGGAGGAGAGGGGGACGAGGGCGGGGACAAAGACGGAGAGGAAGACGGGCCGGGCAGGGGAGAGGAGGAAGAUGACUUUGACGAUCUGACUCAGGAUGAAGACGAGGAAGAGGAGAUGUCUUCAGAGGAGUCCAUUCUCUCAGUUCCAGAGCUGCAGGAGACCAUGAAGCAGCUGACCUGGCUGGCCUCGGAGAGGAGGCUGGGGGGAGAGGACUCUGAGGAGGACCACUCCCCCGGCUCCCAGAACUCCCAGGAGGAGAUCUCUGAGGAGGAGGAGGAGGGGCUGGCCAAGGGGGAGGAGGAGGCCGGAGAACACCGGCGCUCCGAGGCGGCCGGGGGCGGGGCUCCGGGCGGAGAGGGACUUCCCAGAGGAACGGGAAAGACGCUGGCGAGAGGGAGAGGUCGAAUCCGUCCCCCAAAGCGCCGUCGACCGGAGCGGCACAGCAAGGACUCCGCCAAACUGCUGCUGCUGUACGACCACCACCUCCUGGACAACGACCCGCAGAGAGAGAGCAAAGACACGGCCUUCGCCCAGGCCUACCUGACCAGGGUGCGUGAGGCUCUGGGUGGCUCUCCAAAGAGGAUGGAGGACUUCCUGUCUCUGCUCUAUGAGUUUGAGGAGGCAGGGGAGGAGCAGGGCUCCAUGGUCCAGCUGUACCGGAGCCUGCGCCGGGUCCUCCAGGACAACACCGAGCUGCUCCGGGACUUCGCUGCCUUCCUGCAGCCAGAGCAGGCUCUGGAGUGUGGCCUGUUUGAGGAGCAGCAGGCGUUCCAGAGAAGUCGUCGUUUCCUGAGGCAGUUGGAGAUCAGCUUUGGAGAGAACCCGUCUCAUUACCAGAAGAUCAUCAAGGCCCUACAGGGAGGGGAUGACCUCAGCCAAACCAGUAUCCACGAGCUGAAAGCUCAGAUGGCCAGCCUGUUGAAGGGACACACCCACCUGCAAGGUGAAUUCUGGGUGUUUUUUGAUGAGCUCCGCCCACCGCUGGCUCGACCAGGACAGUUCGAAGAUGCUCAUUGGCCAGAGGAAGGAGGCGGUACCUUAGACGGCAUCGAGGCCAUUGGUGCAGGAUCCGGGGGGGGAGCCAACGAUGGCUUUGAAGAAGUCACUCUCCCAGAACUCGAGGACGAGGAAGAUGGACAGAAGAUCCCUCCAAUGGCUGUCCGGCGUCGCAGGAGGAAAAUGGUUUCCUGCAGCAGCUACAAGACCUCCGACGGAGUCUCUAAAACCGUGAAGAACCUGGAGCCACUUUUCCCUGCUGGAGACAAGGACGGAGGAGACGACGGGGGAGAAAGGGGUCGAGAGAAGGAAGCGGGGGACAAGGGUUCAGAAAAGGAGGGAGGAGACAAGACUGGAGGAGACGACGAGGAGGAGGACGGGGGAGACAAGGUUUCAGUGAAGGAGGGAGGAGACAAGCAGGGGGGAGACAAGAUUCUAGGAGACGAAGAAGAAGAGGGGGAGGACGAGAGUGCAAGAGACAAGGAGGUGGGAGACAAUGAGGGGGGAGAUGAGGGGGCAGGAGACGAAGAGGGGGGAGAUGAAGAGGAGGCAGAAAAAGAGGGAGGAGACAUGGAGGGGGGAGUCGAGAAGGAGGCAGAGAAAGAGGGAGGAGAUGAGAUCGGAGAAAAGGAAGGAGGAGAAGUGGCAGUUGACUGUGAAGCCAGCAGUUCUGGGCCAGAGAUAAGGAUUAUAAUUGAUUCUCCUUUGACGGGGCCAGCUGCGUCAUCGUGGAACUACAUUAAGGUCGGCCCUGCAGCCAUGGCUGACGAAGAGGAAGAGGAGAUGGAAGAGGGAGAGAAUAAGCACAGUGAUGGCGAACGCGGCCGCGCUGACGACUCCCCUCACGCCAGGCCAAGCCCCUCCCCCGAGACCGCCGUCGGGGCCAAGAACAUGUCCCUCACGGCGAGCGGGGAGAAGGUGAUCCUGUGGACCAGGGAGGCCGACCGAGUCCUUCUGACCACCUGUCAGCAGGACGGAGCCAAUCAGAGCACAUUCCAAGCUAUUUCUAAUCUGCUCGGCAACAAGACUCCGAACCAGGUAUCAAGGAGGUUCCGGGAUUUGAUGAAACUGUUUCGUACCGCUGCCCGUCAAGCCGAUUCAGAGGAGGAAGUCCCUCCCUCUGAGCUGGCUGCAGCCAAUGAGGGAGAGGGACAGGAAUGACUCUAGGAAUAAGUGAUGUAUAUAUAUUGUAGCUUGUUUUUACUGUGUAUAAAACAUGUGUCAUUUUUCUGUAUAUAAAUGAAACUGCUGAUGCUUUUGUACAUAUUGAAGAAGGUAUGCGAUCAUGUCUUCAUUUUGUAAAAUGUUUUUACAUUAAACUAAAAUACUUUAUUUAUAAAA